UCCAACUCCGUCUCUCUCUUUCAGUCACGCUGCUCAAAUCUGUUUGAUCAAACAUGGCCACCAUAACGACUCUAACAAAAUCUGUGGCUGAGCAUUGCAUGAAGAAAUCCAAAACCUAUUGGUAUAAACCUUCUCAUCCAUUGCUAAACUUGUUAGUUUCAGAAGAAAAUUUGAACCAACCUCAUCAGUACCGGAGCCGUAGAACUCUCAUUCUGGAAUCCGCUUCCUCUGAAUCGGUCAAACUUCAGCGACUCUCCAACUCUGAUUCUGGAAUUAUUGAAGUUAGUUUAAACAGGCCCGGAGCUAGAAAUGCGAUUGGAACGGAAAUAUUGAGAGGCCUAAAGCAUACAUUUGAAACCAUUAGUGAGGAUUCUUCUGCUAAUGUUGUAAUGAUUUCUAGUUCGGUACCCAAAGUGUUCUGUGCUGGUGCUGAUUUGAAGGAACGCAGGGCAAUGAGUGCAUCUGAGAUUCAUUAUUUUGUCAACUCUCUGGGAUCCACCUUCUCAUACUUAGAGGCAAUUCCUGUUCCUACCAUAGCCGUCAUUCAAGGAGCGGCAUUGGGUGGUGGACUUGAAAUGGCUCUAGCGUGUGAUCUUCGUGUCUGUGGAGAAGAUGCAGUGUUGGGUUUACCUGAAACAGGACUUGCUAUAAUUCCUGGAGCAGGUGGGACACAGCGGCUGCCUAGAUUGGUUGGAAGGUCAGCACCAAAGGAUCUUAUAUUUACUGGUCGGAAAGUUGGUGGCAGAGAUGCAAUGUCUAUAGGUGAGUAAGAUUGCAGCAGAUGCAUGCACAAACAUAUAUGUAUCUAUUAUAUAUAAUUCUUGAGAUACAUAUUAUUAUUAGAAAAUUAUCUUUUCAGUUUUAAUUUAAA